GGGGAGAUAAGUCAACUUUUUACGCCCAAUUUGCUUUGUUUACAGUUGACAAGGCGUGCUGUCACGCACAAAAUGACAGCUUCCAAAUCCUGUUUCCUGAUUGGGUGAAAAUUAUUAAUCUUUAAGCCUCUGUAACUUUUUUAAAACAUUUUUCUACCAAAAGUGAAAGAACUGCAGCAAUUUACCUUGGAAAUGUACACUUUUGUGUCAAAUUUUAAAAUUUUCGAUAAACUUUAAUUUUUGAAAUGCUUGUAGCCAAACCAACUCGAACCAUUACAGAACCGUUAGAUGUUAGUGCCGAACAUACAGCGAAGUAUUGGUCUUUCGUCCAAUGCAUUACUCUUUUAUCAACGAGUCUUAUUGGCCUUCUGUGUUUCGUACAGUUUACCUCUCCUUUCCUAAAUAAAUCGUAAAAUGCUCUCCAAUGAUUAGAGGCGAGAUUUUUCAAUACGAACAAUGCCACUUCCGGUAUAUCGCCCUCUUUGAAUCUAUAAACAUUUUAGAUAUAUUAUUCCAUUGUUGUAAAUAUUUACACUGUUAGUAAUAUCUCAUUCACUCCUGUGGCUAAUUGAAUUGAGGAAUUGUACAUUAACCAGAAGACGACAAUAGAGAUAUCCUGUUAUUAUCAAAUGACAUUAAAUUGAAGAUAUUUCAUUGAACAGCAUUAACAUAUUUAUAAACUUUUUGAAGAUUAAAAAUAACUUCAAGCUGACAUCAGCCUGUUUCUACAAUUCUUUGGAUGAAUGGAUGUGAAAUAUUUCCCUGCAAUUAAGAUUAUUUUCAAAAAUUCCCAAAGAGAUUCUUAAACUGGAAAAUGUGUACAAAUUAAACUAGGGGGAUUUACCACAAAGUUUUAAUUGUCCUAUGUGUAAUGACUUUAACAACUGGGUAUCUCAUUAAAUUUAUAUAGAUUAACAAUCCUGUAGUUAUUACUAUAUUAUAUCAGAAGAUAUAAUAUAGUUAUAUCUUCAAGUUAUUUCAUAACAGCCAAGAUAUCGUCUUUAAUAAAGACUGUCAACGUGCAAAAUAUAGAUUAUAACAAAGUUAUGGAUGACAAAAUACAAGCUGAAGUUAUUGAUUCAUCUACUCAGAUACAGGAAAAUACAGAAGAGAAAUCUCACCCUAGUGAUGUAUGUGGGAAGAUAUUGUCACCAAAAAAGAUUUUAAUUCAACAUAAAUUAACUCACUCGUCCUCCAAGCCAUACCAGUGUGGAAUUUGUGGUAAACAAUUCACCAGCAACAAUUUGUUAACUCACCACAAACGUAUCCACACAAGAGAAAAACUAUUUCAGUGUUAUAUCUGUGAUGCAACAUUUUCUACAAAGGGUCUUUUGUCUUUUCAUUCAUGUAUACAAGAAGGAGAAAGACCACACCGUUGUGACGUCUGUGGCAAAAUAUAUUCUAGAAGUGGACAAUUGUCUUCCCAUAAAUAUAUCCACACAGGAGAAAGACGACACCAUUGUGAAAUCUGUGGUGAAACAUUUUCUAGAAGUGCUAAUUUGUCUAACCAUAAACUAAUUCAUACAGGAGAAAGACCAUACCAGUGUCAUAUUUGUGGGAAGAAGUUUGCUAGAAAUGCUGAUUUGUCUUGCCAUAAACAUAUUCACACAGGAGAAAGACCAUACCACUGUGAUAUCUGUGGUACAACAUUUGCUCAGAGUAGUAGUUUAUCUAAACACAAACGUAUUCACACUGGAGAGAGACCAUACCAUUGUGAUAUCUGUGAUAAAAAAUUUAACACAAGUGGUCACUUGUCUACCCACAAACGUACUCACACAGGAGAAAAACCAUUCCACUGUGAUAUUUGUGGUAAAACAUUUACUCGAAGUAGUUCUUUAUCUCAACACAAACCUAUUCACACAGGAGAGAGACCAUACCAUUGUGACAUUUGUGGUAAAACAUUUUCUACAACUCGGAAUUUAACUCGACACAAACGGAUUCACAUUGGAAAGAAACCAUACCACUGUGAUAUCUGUGAUGAAGCAUUUUCUACAAUGGUUCGUUUGUCUUCCCACAUACGAAUUCACACAGGAGAACGAACAUCAUAGCACUGAUAUUUGUCAUAAAAUAUUCUCUCAAAAAUAUUUAUUCUUCUUGGUAUAAAUUCACACUGGAUAAAGGUUAUACCACUAUAGUAUCACGUGAAAUAUUUUCUUGAAGUGAUUAUUCAAUUUAAUGCAAACAUAUCGAUAUGGGAGAUAAACUACAGCUCUUUGCUAUCAAUAGUAAAAAUAUUUUCUACAAGUAACAUAUUUUAUAAUCAUCAUCAUCGUUGUCCACCUUUCAUACUGGCAUGGGUGGGAAUAAUAAAUGAAUUUUACGUACAUCAUGUAAUGGAUUUUAAUACAGCAAAGUUACCACCAUCAUCAUCAUUACUAUUUUUCAAAGUUAUUUGUCAAAAUAUUUUUUGCAAAUAUUUUGACAUAUGGAUUGAGCAUAAAAUAUCCCAUUAUAUUAAAAAUAAUAAAGACCAAUAUAUUUUUAGUAUUUACAAUCCUGGAGUGUGAAUAGUUUAAAUGCAUAAGAAGAGAUGACUUACAGUGUUAAAAGAAUAAUAAACAAGCAUGUGACAGACCAAGAAAUAUAUGGAUAGACAACAUCAAGGAGUGGAUAAGUUACACUAUAAUGUCAGUGUAAGAUUGGUGUGAAAUGGAAUGGUUAUCUGCAUUUGUUCUGCCAUAAGUGUCUGACAUCCAACGAACUGAUGAAGUUUAAGGAUAACAAACAUGAUAUAAUAUCAAUGUAGUUAUUGAGUAACAUUGAAGUCAGCUAUGUCAAAGAAGCAGUUGGUGAAAUUGUGCAAAGCACAUCUCUGGAUGUAUGGAGUUCAUUCUCCUUACCAUCAAAUAUAGUAGCACUGUGAAUGUGUUCUUAUGGAUUCAAGACUGUAGCUGGUGUAUGGCUAUAUGUGAGGAACUAUGGACAGUAGGUCAUUGUAAUGACAUCUGUAGAUGUUAUGUAUACAUUAUAAGGAGGUGACAUAAAUUGUACAUGUGCAGGUUGAAAACUAAUUAAUGAGACUGAAACCACAAGUACUUCAAGAUAACAUCUAUAACUGUUUAUUUCAUUAAAUAAAUGUGAUAUCAGAAUAUUUGUAGUUACCCUGUAAUAAAGUAUCAAAUGAAGAUAUAUAUGCAAUUAUAACCUGAUCAAAGCCAUUUCAAUUUAAUGAACAUCUCCACUGUGUGUUGGCUUGAUUGUCAUGUCACUGGUUUGUAGUAAAGUAGAGUUAGUAUAAUAUAGACUACAUUAGGAGAAAACCUAUCUCUAACUUGUUAAAAUGAUGUCAAUAAAUUCAUUAUAAUUACUUUAA